AUGAAUUCCCUUUUGGUCACUGCUGUCAUUACUACCUUUGUUCUGGCUUUCUUCCUCGCUUCAGGCAAUGCUUUAGUGUGCUAUAAUUGUCUGUUUGAGAAAUGUGACCGAAAUGAAACCUGCCCAAGUGUACUAGAUACUUGCUUAAUAAUAUAUCACAGUGGAGCAAGUUUGUCUACCUGCUGGACAAGUUCUCGUUGUGAUGUAAAUUCUAUUUCACUUGGUUUACAUUUGAGUAACUUCAAGUUCAGGUGCUGCAACCAGGAUUUGUGUAACAAUUCUCCAAAUGUUGUAGCUAGCAAGAUAGUCCUGUGUGGGGCUUUGUUGCUGACUAUUAUUCAUAUGUUAAAGUCUCUAGUGGGGAACUGAAAUGGGGCCUUGUUUUUCAGUUUAAAAAGAUAGGGAACCCUGGUAUCUUUUCAGAAAGUGUUCCUGCUGGAGAAGAUUAAAUUAU